AUGCCGCAGGUGGUUGGGAGAUCGCCUGUCGGGGUUCAGUGUGGAGAGGACGGCAUGGUGAUUACUGUCCAGAGAGAUCUCUAUAGAAAUGGGAAGCUGGUGAAACCCUCUGCUCUGAGCCUGGGACCCCAACGCUGCCAGCCAACCACCCAAAGCACUGAUACAGUCAUCUUCCAGGUUGGCCUUCAGGACUGUGGCAAUGAUUUGCAGAUGACUCCAGACUGGAUGAUCUACUCCACCAAUCUUGUCUACAGCCCAACCUCUUCCACAAAUGUCCCCAUUACCAGGACAAGCUCUGCAGUCAUGCCAAUUCGUUGCUACUAUACCAGGUAUGCCAAUGUGAGCAGCAAGGCUGUCAGACCAACAUGGGUUCCAUUCAUCACCACAGUCUCCUAUGAGGAGAAAUUAAACUUCUCCCUGACUCUGAUGGCUGAUGACUGGAGUGGCCCCAGAGAUUCCACUGUCUUCCAAUUGGGGGAAAAAAUCUACAUAGAAGCCUCUGUGGGCAUUGAAAACCAUAUUGACAUGAUCCUGUUUGUCGACAGCUGUGUGGCCACCAUAACUCCUGAUCCCAACUCUUCUCCUCGCUAUGAAAUCAUUAACGCCAAUGGGUGCUUUGUGGAUGGAACACAAGAGGAUUCUUCUUCAGCCUUCAUCUCUCCAAGAACCAGUCCUGGCAGUCUGCAGUUCACUGUUGAUGCUUUCCGAUUCCUGGAUGUGGAUUUGUCUAUGAUCUUUAUCUCCUGUCAACUGAGAGGUGCUGCAGCCACCCAAGUCCCUGACCACAUGAACAAAGCCUGUUCCUACAGCAAAGCCACAAAGAGAUGGUCUGCGGUGGAAGGCCCCGAUAACAUCUGCCAGUGCUGUGAAACAGGAUCCUGCAGUGCCCCGUCUGAUGGAAGCGGGUAUUGGGGCUCAUUUGGAAGACCAAGAGGACACUGGAAGAGGGAUGUUGGUCCUCAAGAAGAAUGUGGCCAGGCCAUUCUUGGCCCGCUCCUGGUGACUGGAGAACCAAGUCUGCCAUCCAUCAGAACAGGGCUUGGUCAGGCUUUCAGUAUGUCCUCCGAGUCCAAACCUGUAGAGCCGGCAGUAUUGGUGGCUGUGGCUUCCAUCAGUCUAGUGCUUGUUGCUGCUGUGGUCACUUUAAUUGGAAAAUGUGUCCUGAGCAGAUUGUCCUCCUGA